UCUUUGGUCCUUACCAACUCCAAACCCACCAUCCGCGCAGACAUCUCCUCCUUCGCAUCCUUACCUUGCAACCAAAUCCGAAAUCCAACCCCACACGAACCCCGCCACUUGAACAACAUACAUUGACAAUAUCAGCAAAAUGGCGGACGACUCUCAGCACGAUGUCCAGUUCGACAGCGUCGACGCCGGCGCGUCUGCCACGUUCCCCAUGCAGUGCUCUGCCUUGAGGAAGAACGGCUUCGUUGUGAUCAAGAACCGUCCUUGCAAGAUCGUUGAUAUGUCUACCUCCAAGACUGGCAAGCACGGUCACGCCAAGGUCCAUCUUGUCGCUAUCGACAUCUUCACCGGCAAGAAGCUCGAAGAACUUUGCCCAUCUACCCAUAACAUGGAUGUCCCCAACGUCACCCGUAAGGAAUAUCAAUUGCUCGAUGUCUCUGACGAUGGUUUCCUCUCCUUGAUGGCUGAUGAUGGCGAGACCAAGGAUGAUGUCAAGGUUCCUGACGGAGAAGUUGGAGAGAAGAUCGACAAGCUUUUCACCACUGAGGAGAAGGAUACCAAUGUUAUCGUUCUUACGGCUAUGGGUGAGCAAGCUGCCAUUGAAGCCAAGGAAGCUCCUCGCGGUUAGAUUCCUCCAAGCAAAUUUGCAACAUCGACCUUGUUGUCAGCAGUGGCAUCUUCUUUGUUUGCAGGUUCACGAGCUCGGAGGAUAGUCAUUUAUGAAGAUUCUGGGAGCAUGGAGAACUUGCAUUCUAAUGGUCGUUGUGAAGCGAUGAGACUAUCUGGACACCUAACGUUACUCUACUGGUUAUAUCUCUCCGGGCUUGCGAGAACCAUCUUCUUUUUGUUUCGUCGAUCCUACAUCACAAUUGAGCGGC